UCUCACUGGCCUGGGCUAUCCCUUCUUACACUCCCAAAAAACAGACUUGUGUAUCAUCUGUCCAAGGCCCUUCAGCUGGGCCUUGCAAGUACUGGACGAUUCUGCCAGCCCGUUCCAAUUUUCAGGACAUGAAAAACCAGAGGGUUCAGCUGAUGCGUCAAAUGAAAGAAGAUGCUGAGAAAUUCAGGCAAUGGAAACAGCAGAAGGACAAGGAAGUGAUCCAGCUGAAAGAACGGGAUCGCAAGAGGCAGUAUGAGCUCCUCAAGCUAGAACGUGAUUUCCAGAAGCAGGCCAAUGUCCUUCGGCGCAAAACGGAAGAGGCAGCAGCCGCCAACAAGCGCCUGAAGGAUGCUCUGCAGAAACAACGGGAGGCUGCCGAGAGACGGAAGGAAACUCAAAACCGGGGAAUGGAAGGGGUUGCUGCUCGAGUCAAAGGUGGCUGAAGAUGGUGAGAGAAGAUGAGAAGUGGAUCCCGGUGCGGGUGGCCCUGCGCUGCCGGCCCCUGGUGCCCAAGGAGACCAGCGAAGGGUGCCAGCUGUGCCUGUCCUUCGUGCCGGGGGAGCCGCAGGUGGUUGUAGGUAAUGAUAAGUCCUUCACAUAUGACUACGUGUUCGACCCCUCAGUUGAACAAGAGGAAGUUUUCAACACGGCUGUCGCGCCUCUCGUACGGGGCAUCUUUGAAGGGUAUAAUGCGACUGUCUUGGCCUAUGGACAGACAGGAUCUGGGAAAACGUAUUCCAUGGGAGGUACAUACACGGCCAAUCAAGAGGAUGAACCUAGCGUGGGGGUCAUCCCUCGGGUAAUCAAACUGCUGUUUAAGGAGAAGGAGCAAAGGCAGGAUUGGGAAUUCGACCUCAAAGUUUCUUAUCUAGAGAUCUACAACGAGGAUAUUCUGGACCUGCUGUGCCCAUCAAGAGAACGAUCUUGUCAAAUCAGUAUACGGGAAGAUCCCAAAGAGGGCAUAAAGAUUGUAGGGCUAACAGAAAGAAAUGUCACCCAUGUCCAAGAUACUGUGUCCUGCCUAGAGCAAGGGAACAACUCCAGAACAGUGGCCGCCACAGCGAUGAACUCCCAGUCCUCUCGCUCCCAUGCCAUCUUCACCAUUUGCAUCGAUCAGAAAAAGAAAAAUGACAAGAACACCAGUUUUCGCUGUAAGUUACAUUUGGUUGAUCUUGCUGGCUCUGAGAGACAAAAGAAGACCAAGGCUGAGGGAGACCGACUAAAAGAAGGCAUCAACAUAAACAGAGGGCUUCUCUGCCUGGGGAACGUAAUUAGCGCUCUUGGUGACGAAAACAAAAAGGGUGGCUUUGUCCCCUACAGAGACUCAAAGCUAACGAGACUGCUGCAAGAUUCUCUGGGUGGUAACAGCCACACUCUCAUGAUUGCCUGUGUGAGCCCAGCAGAUUCCAAUCUAGAAGAAACCCUGAAUACCUUGCGUUAUGCUGACAGAGCAAGAAAAAUAAAAAAUAAACCAAUUGUCAACCUUGAUCCGCAGGCGGCUGAGCUGCAUCAUCUGAAGCAGCAGGUUCAACAGCUACAGGUGUUACUGCUGCAGGCCCACGGAGGGACCCUCCCCGUGUCCAUCAAUAGUAUGGCGCCUUCAGAGAACCUCCAGUCCCUGAUGGAGAAGAACCAGUCGCUAAUGGAAGAGAAUCAAAAGCUGAGCCAAGGGCUGAGCGAUGCUGCUGGACAGACAGCACAGAUGCUGGAGAGGAUCAUUCUGACAGAACAAGAAAAUGAGAAGAUGAAUGCCAAGCUCGAACAACUUCAGCAGCAUGCUGUGUGCAAGCUGGAUCUGCAGAAGCUGGUGGAGACUGUGGAAGAUGAGGAACUGAAAGAGAAUGUUGAGGUGAUUCGCAAUCUGCAACAAGUGUUGGCUCAGUUGCAGAGUGAAAAUGCUGCUACAGUGGAAGCUGCUGCAGAGAUGGGAAACUCUCAACAGGAUGCUGCAGCUGAUGCAGAAAUGGGCCAGGACACCACGAGAACCUCGGAUGACUUCACCACUCAACACGCUCUCCGUCAAGCACAGAUGUCCAAAGAGCUGCUUGAACUGAAUAAAGCUCUGACUCUGAAAGAGGCGCUGGCCAAAAAAAUGGCACAGAACGAUAAUCAGCUGGAGCCCAUUCAGUCCCAGUACCAGACUAAUAUCAAGGAUCUGGAGUUGGAGGUCAGCAACUUGCAAAAAGAAAAGGAGGAGCUGCUCUCUGCUCUGCACAUGGCCAAGAAGGACAUCAACCAAGCCAAGCUGAGUGAACGGCGUCGGAAAAGACUUCAGGAGCUGGAAGGGCAAAUGAGUGAGCUUAAGAAAAAGCUGAAUGAUCAAUCGAAGCUCUUGAAGCUGAAGGAAUCUACAGAACGCACCGUCUCCAAACUGAACCAGGAGAUCAGGGACAUGAAAAACCAGAGGGUUCAGCUGAUGCGUCAAAUGAAAGAAGAUGCUGAGAAAUUCAGGCAAUGGAAACAGCAGAAGGACAAGGAAGUGAUCCAGCUGAAAGAACGGGAUCGCAAGAGGCAGUAUGAGCUCCUCAAGCUAGAACGUGAUUUCCAGAAGCAGGCCAAUGUACUUCGGCGGAAAACGGAAGAGGCAGCAGCCGCCAACAAGCGCCUGAAGGAUGCUCUGCAGAAACAACGGGAGGCUGCCGAGAGACGGAAGGAAACUCAAAACCGGGGAAUGGAAGGGGUUGCUGCUCGAGUCAAAAGCUGGCUUGCAAAUGAAGUAGAGGUUCUCGUUAGCACUGAAGAAGCUCGACGGCACCUUGCAGACCUGCUGGAGGACAGAAAGAUCCUGGCACAGGAGCUCCAUCAGCUUAAAGAGAAGAAAGAGGCUGGAGAAAACCCACCUCCAAAGCUGCGGAGACGCACCUACUGCAUCACAGAUUUGCAGACAUCAGAGUUGGACCUUUCCCUAUCAAAGCAGAUAGAAAGCCUGGAAACUGAGAUGGGGCUCAGGAGUGCCCAGAUAGCGGAUCUGCAGCAGAAACUCUUGGAUGCUGACAGUGGAGAUCGGGUGAAACAGCGUUGGGACAGCAUUGCAACAAUUCUAGAGGCUAAAUGUGCUUUGAAGUAUCUCCUUGGAGAGCUGGUCUCCUGCAAAGUGCAGGUGAGCAAGUUGGAGAGCAGCCUUCAGCAGAGCAAAGCCAACUGCUCGGACAUGCAGAAGAUGGUGACUGAAGAGCAAAACCACAGGGCGGAGAUGGAGGCCGAGUUCCAAAAUCAGUGUUUGCUGCAGGAGCAACAACACCAGGAGAAGGUUCUGUACCUGCUCAGCCAGCUGCAGCAAAAAGAAACAGCAGAGAAGCAAUUGGAAGAUUCACUGAAUGAGCAAGAGAAAAAGCUGCAAGAGCGAGUCAAGUUCCAGGAGGAAGAGCUGGAGAAAAUGCGGGAGAUCUGUGAGAAGAACCAAGAGCUUCUGCAGGAGAAUGAAACUCUUAAACAGAAACUGCUGCUUAUCCAAGUUGCCAGUGGACAGAAGAUACGUCACGCUCAGCAAAUGUCAUCUGAGUCCCCAGAUUCUUCUUUUGACUAUAUUCUACCCAAAGUAAAGCCAAAGACUGGCCGGCAGACGACAGCGAAAUCGCGUGGAAGAUGCCCAGAGAUGCACGUGGAAGAGCUGUUCUCAGACUCGGACACUGGAGAGGAGGCAGAGGAUGCCGAGUGGCUUCCGGUAAAACCAGGCAGAGGAGCAAAGAAAGUCGUGAUCGGGUGCUCCUGCAAGGGCUACUGUGGGAACAGGCGCUGCGGCUGCAGGAAGCAGGGGUUGGGCUGCAGCGACAGCUGCAGCUGCGACUUGUUCAACUGCAGGAACAGGGACCCCGGCGUGCGGGACGCUUUACUGGGCGAGGACCAAACACGGGACUCAGGAGGUUCCUUCAAACUUGAAGACCUCAGUGAAGUGACUGCAGGAGGGACCUUCUUUCAGCCUGUGAAUAUCACCUCACCCUCGGAGGUGCUGAAGGACAUCACGGAGCAGGAGGUGUCCCUGAGGAAGCCCAGCGCUGCCGCCGCCCUCCUGAGGGACGAGGAGGCCCGGGAGAACCAGGUACCGCUCGGCAAGAGGAAGAAGAGGAUUCUGAGCAGCAACACCAGCUUCUUCUCGGGCUGCACCCCCAUCAGGGAGUUCGAGUGACGAGCACAGCGGCCACUCUCGGGCGGUGCAUUAGACCCUCGCUAGCACUAUGUCAAUAAUUGAAGUGAUUUUAAAUAGUUUUUGUAGCUUUAAUAAAGGUAGUAAAACCUUGCUGACUUCUAGUUGGACAUGAUUAUGUACAUGGUACGAUCUCUGCAAUUAAAAUGGAUCUCUGAACUCUU